GCGGCGGGGACGGCGGCCAUGUCGGCUCGGACGCUGCCGCUGCUCUUCCUCAACCUGGGCGGGGAGAUGCUCUACAUCCUGGACCAGCGGCUGCGCGCCCAGAGCAUCCCGGGCGACAAGGCGCGCAAAGAUGAAUGGACAGAUGUGGACAGGAAACGAGUGAUGAACGACAUCAUCAGCACCAUGUUCAACAGGAAGUUCAUGGAGGAGCUGUUCAAGCCCCAGGAAUUGUAUUCCAAGAAGGCCCUGAGGACUGUUAACUUCUUCCCUGUGUGUUGUCCCUCCAGGUACAGUGUGAGUCGGCCAGUGGAGACACACGUGGCAGGAUCAUCCAAAAACUUGGCAUCCCAUGCAAAGGAGAACACAGUGCCCAACCCUCUUGCCAAGGAGGAGCUGAACUUCCUGGCCCGGCUGCUGGGGGGUUUGGACAUCCAGAAACCUGCUGGUGGCGAGACGGGCUUUCGGCUGAAUUUGUUCACGACCGACGAGGAGGAGGAACACGCUGCACAGACCCGACCAGAGGACUUGUCCUACAAGGUCAUCAACAUUGAAGCCACACAGGAGCCGGCCCGGCGGGAGGAGCUGUCCCGCAUCCUGGGAGAGAUGGAGGUGGCGGAGCCGCGCCCGGACAGCGCCGGGAAGGGCGAGGACCUGCUGGCCCUGAUGGACGAGCUGUGACCGGGAC